CAAUCAAUCCGUUUAUUAAAACAAAAAAAGCUAAACAACAGAGGGAGGGAGGGGAAUGGCAGAGGCCUCUGGGAUGAGGUCACCGUUGAGCUGUGUCCACCAAAACAAGAAGAAGGAUCUGCCAGGACAGGUUCUGGGGCGACGAGCAUCCUGGGCAGUAGGAACAGCCUAUGCAAAGACCCUGAGGCCACACUGGACUCAGUGAGCUGGACAGGGCUCUGUCUCUGGGCCAGUGUCUGGGUGGGGAAAGAAAGAUACUUGGGCUCCGAGAGCCUGGCUUCGGAGGUGGCCUUGGGAAACCCUGUGCUUGAUUGCCAAGACAAGACAGAGAGCAAGGGACCCCCAGCAUCAGGACCCACCCCCAGCCCCUCCCUGCCUGGCGCGGAUGCCCCAGGGCAGGGGCAUCAGUCAGGGGCAGUGGUGUGUAGGGGGAGUGAGGGCUGAGAUGAGCUCCCUGGGGAAGAGGCCUGCCCUUUCAGGUGGGGCAGGGUAUGGGUGCCAUCCUUGGGACCUCGGCAGCCCCUCACUGAGCCCCUGGUGCCUGGGAGCUGUUUCUCAGCUGCCAGCACCAGGAGCCACUUUCUGUUUCCGCUCUGUACCCACACAUUGGCAGCCUCCUAUGUGGGCCCUGCCAAAAUGAAACUCGAGGCUGGGCUGGGGCUGGUGGUUGGGGGCACCUCUCCCAUUACUGAUGGGUGCCAUAGUGACCAGAUAGUGCCUGGGCGGGAGGGCAGAGGUGGGUGGUUGGGAUGGUGAUGGUACAGGGCUGCCCCACAGGCCCGACUGGACCUAUGAGGGCAUGUCCAGCAGCCCGGGACCCCUUAGCCCCCGUCUGCUUGCCACGCUGGCUGUGGCAUUAGUUAACGGGACAGAUGAACCCCUGCCCACAUGGAGUGCACAUUCAAAAAUAAUGAGUAAGAGGUACAGCACGACAGAUGGUGACAAGUGCCAAGGAGAAGACUGAUGGGGGGAUGAGGGAGGUGCAACAAGCAGGUGACAUUUGUACGUAAAGCCUGAAGUUGGUGAAGGAGGAGCCCUGCCAAUACCUGGGGGAACAGCAUUCUAGGCAGAGGGAACAGCCGGUGAAAGACCCUGAGGCAGGACUCUUUGGGGUGUUGGAGAGCCACCUCCAGCUAUGAGGCCAGUGUGGCUGGAACGGAAGGAGAAAGAUGGAGAGAGAAGGGCGUGAGGAUAGGUUGUGGGUCACAGUGAGGAGAUGGGCUUUUACUCUGUAUGAUGGGAGCUAUGGAGGGCUGUGAGCAGAGGAGGGACAGGUAGGUUUCCUCUGGCCUCUGAGCAGGGUAAGGAGGAGGCCGAGACACUAGGAAGGAGGCACAAGGGUGGCCGAGGGUCGCAUAAGGCUGUACAGGUGCAGAGAAGUGGCUGGAUUCUGGGAACAUUUGAAGGUGGGGAGAAUUGGAUUGCUGCAGGACAGAGGGUGAGGGAAAGGAGGAGGGAUGAGGGCCCCUUUGACCCCCCCUCUCUGUUGUCACCUGUGCACCUGAAGGUCAGGUCAGGCUGGUGGCCAUAUGGAACCCAGCCUGGCUCCUGCAGGGCACACACUGAUUCCCCCCACCUCGGAAGGCUGUGGGAGGACUCCUAGAUGGGGAGAAGGGCGGGCACAGGCAUGCGGGAGUCCUGGGGCUGGGAUGAGGGCUACCAGUGGCAGGCGAAACGAUGUCCCCAAGAGGUGACCGGUGCCUUUGGUGAUGGCCAUUGGGGGCUUUGGACACAGGUCGUGGUCGGUGUACAGUGGAAGAUCAUGGGGGGUGGUCCCAAUGAAGUGAUGGUCUUGAUCCAGCCUGAGUUCCCCCACAUGGGCACUCACUCCCUUGGCCUCCCUGAAGGCCUGUGUUAACCCGCUUCAGGGAGGCCUGCCAGGUCUUCAGGGUCACAGAGAGCAGCAGGUGGCCCUCAAGCGGGGGGAUGGUGAGGCCUGAGUGUGGGACAGGGCAAGAGAAGCAUGCUGGAGGGCCUGGGAAAGAGAGAAUCGCUGGUUCUGGGCACGGCUUACUGGUGCUCACCUUGCCCCGUGUUGCGGACACAGCCUGGUGGGGUGAAGGAGCCCAGGAUGGGCAAGGGCAUCCAAGCGAGGACGAGGGAUGGGGACACGGGGCCGCUGCGGCCCUACUCUGGUUCAGGUCAGGCGGGCGCCAGGCAGACACCCCCUCCACCCCCCGGUCGCCCCCCUCCCCCCUCCCCCGCGCCUGGGUUUCCUCCACUGGAAAAUGAGCCAGAUCGCUGGCCCGCCUCCAGGACGCGGCGCGACAACGCCAGGACUUGUACGCCCGAGGUCGCCGCUGCUGCCUCCGGGGGACCCAGCUCCUGCGCGCUCCGGCCCCGCGUCCCUGCGGGGCGGAGCUAGCACUGGCCCCGCCCCUCCGUCCCACGGGCUACGGCCAGCGCGCCCCCGGCCCAACUGCGGCGCGUGACGCGGGGCGCGCGGCUCCGGCGGCUACCGUGGGCGGGCGCAGACUGCCGGGACGACCGGGAGCGGGCGGCAUGGCGGCGGCGGGGACCGCGGCGGGUCCGGCGGGGCCUGAGCCCAUGCCUAGCUACGCGCAGCUGGUGCAGCGCGGCUGGGGCAGUGCGCUGGCGGCUGCGCGGGGCUGCGCGGACUGCGGCUGGGGGCUGGCGCGCCGCGGCCUGGCCGAGCACGCGCACCUGGCGCCUCCUGAGCUGCUGCUGCUGGCGCUCUGCGCACUCGGCUGGACCGCGCUGCGCUCGGCGGCCACUUCGCGCCUCUUUCGGCCCCUAGCCAAACAGUGCCGCCUCCAGCCUAGAGAUGCCGCCAAGAUGCCUGAGAGCGCCUGGAAGUUUCUCUUCUACCUGGGCGCCUGGAGCUACAGCACCUACCUGCUCUUCGGCACUGACUACCCCUUCUUUCACGACCCACCCUCCGUCUUCUAUGACUGGAAGACGGGCAUGGCGGUACCACGGGACAUCGCAGUUGCCUACCUACUACAGGGAAGCUUCUACGGCCAUUCCAUCUAUGCCACGCUGUACCUGGAUGCCUGGCGCAAGGACUCAGUGGUCAUGCUCAUCCACCAUGUGGUCACCUUGGUCCUCAUCAUCUCGUCCUAUGCCUUCCGGUACCACAAGGUGGGCAUCCUUGUGCUCUUCCUGCAUGACAUCAGUGACGUACAGCUGGAGUUCACCAAGCUCAAUGUCUACUUCAAGUCCCGCGGAGGAUCCCACCACCGGCUUCACGCCCUGGCUGCAGACCUGGGCUGCCUCAGCUUCAGCCUCAGCUGGUUCUGGUUCCGCCUCUACUGGUUCCCGCUCAAGGUCCUGUAUGCCACGAGCUACUGCAGCCUGCGGUCGGUGCCUGACAUCCCCUUCUACUUCUUCUUCAACGCACUCCUGCUGUUGCUCACACUCAUGAACCUCUAUUGGUUCCUGUACAUCGUGGCUUUUGCUGCCAAGGUGCUGACGGGCCAGGUGCGCGAGCUGAAGGACGUGCGGGAAUAUGACACAGCAGAGGCCCUGAGCCCGAAGCCCAGCAAAGCUGAGAAGCCGCUGAGGAAUGGACUGGUUAAGGACAAGCGCUUCUGAACCCCUCGACCCCGGCCCCGCCGCCCAGGACCCAGCCCCACCCAACCUCGCCCUCGGGGACCAGCCACGCGGCUCCCCCAUUCGCCCCCUGUACCCUGGCCCUAUCAGGCUCCGCCCCCGCCGCAACCCAC